AGUAUGUACAUUUUAAUGUACACGUGUUUUAGGAAAUAAAAAGCAAAUUAAAUGCACUUAAGUGGCUUUUCAUUUCAUUAAUAUAAUAUCUGAAAGUAUUUUUUCAGUAUCCUUUAAGGAUUUGAAGUAAACUACAAGUGCACAUACAGUUAAGUACAAUUAAUACAAGUAAGUGAUCCUUUUUCAUGGGGAAAACUAACAGAAAUAUAAAUGAACUAAAAUAACUUUUUAUUCUCAUGAACAAUAACUAUAAAUCAAGCAUUUCAUAUUUUACUGCCAUCUUUGAUUCAAAUAUGUCAUUCACAAUGCUUCAUGGGAUAUGUAGUUAAUUCUCUUAUAAAAUAAAAUAUGCGGUAAUGUUUUUGUUCUGAAUUUUAUACUUUUUUGCCUCAAGUCAUAGUUGGUCACGUUGUGAUUCACUUCAGGGCUGGAUAGUUUGGUUCAAGGCCUAGGACUCUUUUUUGAAGAAUUUGUUGAAAUCCAGAAAAAUACUUGCAAAAUCAAGGCCACCAAAAAAGUGGGCGGCCACUUAGUAUGUAAUGUUACGCUUCACAAAAUAUAUGAAAUAUUCGAGAGGCUAAUGGAGUGUUUUGUGAAGCUUUUAUGUCUGUUACAUCUAAUGUAUCCCUAAAAAGCUUUUGAAAGAUCUUCAUACUGCGUGCCCUAAUGAGCUCCUUUUAUUAAAGUCUCUCUGCAUGCAUGUGUGUGCGUGUUUAUCAGAAAACGUUUACCUCCUCUACCCGUAUCAAUAUGCAUGAAGUAUUCAUUGUCUGCACUGUUUGUCAUGCUGCAUGGUAUAGACAAAGCGCCUUUCUUUUUGUUUAUACUGAGAACAUGGCUUUGAUCAUGGCCUCUGUUCUCUGCCAUUUAUAUUCACAUGCAUAUUUUCGUGCAGUGUGGAUGGUGAUCAAAAGGAUGCACACACAAUAUAUGCAGUACAGUAUGUAUCUUGGACUACAUUAGCGUUAAUUCAUCACCUUUUGGGGACUUGUUACCAUGCUGUUGUUAAUUAAUGUGUAUUCUGAUGGUGAUGAUAUGAAUAACAACAUUACAGCUACAGUGUCUGCAAAAUAGCACAGGAGAGAAAAGCACAAAUAUCAUCAUUGUGUAAAUCUUCUGCAUAAAUAAGUAUAUGAAUAAUUAUGAAUGAUAUUAUUUGUUUAAAUGGUUGGACUUUCUCAAAUGGUUUAAUGAGAAAAAGAAGUACGCUUAGUUGUAUUAAAUCUCCGCUUGUAGUGAACAUCAAAUCUUAAAAGUAUAUAUUUUUUAAAACUGUAAUUGAAUAUAUUAAUGAAAUAAAAAGCCACUUAAUAGUACACAGUGUAACUUUUUUUUUUUUUCAAAAUGAAUUAACAAAUUUUUAAUAAUGAGCUAGUACAUCAUGAAACCACCUUCCAAACUAGGUUUUUUUUAUUAUCGUAAGCCUAUAAUAAAAUUCUUAUUUUUUUAGCUGUGGGAUGGUUUUCUCAGAAAUCAUUUGUGUGUAAUUUUUAUAACUGAAGAAAAGAUGUCAGGUUACAACUGUAUAUAGCUAAAAAAAAAACAAAAAAAAAAACAUACAAACAAAAGCAAAUUGAAAGCUACAGUGCCUGUAAUAAAACACAAAUCAACAUAGUUUGCAUUUCAUCGCAUACGCAAUGCAUUGCCUAGGUUCACAGAACAGUGUUCAUGUUGUUAGGAAUGCCAGUUUCUAAACCGGUUAGUGCUUUUGGUCUGCCUAUAAAUAGCUUUGGCAAGUUAUAUUUUAGUCGGUUUUACUUUAUGAUACGAAUAUCAAUCGAUAAAUCUAAGUGUAGCCAAACUUUUGAAAUGUUAUUUUAAAACAAGUAAAAAAACAACAGCAGAGUAUAAGCUACUCACCUGCUCAUAAGACUUCUCUUUUAUGGUUCUUUUAAAGUCAUAAGACUUUUUUUUUUGAUAUCUGUCUUUUUCAUUAUUGGAGGAGUUUUUAUAUUGUUUGAUAUAGUGAGAUUCGCACUGAGAAGGCGAUCGUCUGUAUGUAACCAUAAGCACAGUGCUGUACCUCAAGCCAAAAUAACCAUAACCAAAACCAUGUUGCGACAGUAUUUUUAUGCCUCAACUGCUAAUGGGCCAAAAGUUACAAAGAAUAUCUUUAAGUGUACUUAAAUAGUGUUUCUUAACACACUUUAAUACACAAAUGUUAAUGUCAAAUUAAAUGUUUUAAUUUAAAAUACAUUUUAAAUCAUUGUUUUAAAAAUCUAGUGUCAUGCUUUAAAGAAGUAGAUAUUUUGAUGGGCACAUGCAAAUAAAUAAAUGAUACAUUGAACUAUAGUGUGUAAACUGAUACCUUAUCAUGACAUAUGGAUAAUUCAAAUUACACUUAAACACAUGACUUACAAGUUUCAAUAGAAAUGGCAUUCAAGUAUAUUUUAGUUUAUUAUAAAUGCUUGUGGUAACCAUAUUUACCAGCUUUAACCAUAUUUUAAAGACGUAUUUUAGAAGUUAUUAUGAAAUUGCAGGAAGAAGUACCUAGCCAGAAAAAGUGCAGCUAAUUGCAUUUAAUACAAAUUUAAACUAUAAUAAUUUAUAUUUAACUAAAUAAAGCAUCUGAAACCAUUCAGUUUGGGGAUCUGAGCCUUAUCUAGAGACCAGAAUAACAGAUAUGACUGGGCUCUUUUGGCAGUAAGCAGCUUCCCAAAACACCUUAGAAACUGCAUCGCAAUAUGCUAAAAACUAAUUUACAUAAGCAAGCACCAUUUCUAUUUUUCUUCGGAAAAUGUAAAAUAUACAGUAAGCAGAAAAGACAGCUAUUUUUAGCUUUUGAUAGAAGUUACAGAACAACAAAACACUUGUUUUCUCACAAGAUAAUUUUAUUGCAAGAAAAUUGUCUGCUUUGUGAAUGGGCCUAGUGUCACAUGCUUAUUGGCGUCUUUGCCAUUGGCAUCAUAAAUUUAAUAAUUGCCCGCAGUAGAGAUGAAGUCAUCUCGGUCCCUCAAGUUGGUGGGCAAUAAAACUGAUUACACGUUCAGGGUCACUAUAUUGUCUUUGAUGAUAUAUCUGACAAGCUUUUUCUCAAGUGUCAGACACUAAUGUGGAAGUUGUCAAUCACUGACAGACAUAGAGCCGUUUCAGCUGGAGUGCAUCUCUAAAUCAAGGUAAAAACUAAUUCAUUCAUCUAUGAUGCUGAAGAAUUGUGAUAAGCUUCUGCGGCCUCGAGAACAAUAAAAACAGUGUUGAGUAUAAAAAAAUAAAAAAAUAAGUCAUCACCACAAGAAAACACGCUUAAUGCUGAUAUAAACCAAAAGGAAUUUUGUUUUAUCUAAAAGUUUUGAUCAUGAGAUAAAGAAAAAAAAUAUAUUGCAUGGCUUCAGUAUAAAGCCCGGUGCAAAUAAACCUCUUUUACCAGGACACCUGUGUCAAUAUUAAUAUCAGGCUGAUCUACAUUGCCCAUCAAAAUUAGUUUCUAUCAUAUUAGGGCUUUUAACAUCUGCAUCUGGCUGAAAUGAUUGCAGGUUGAGGUCACUGUCAUUAUCACUGAGUAGUUGAUGUUUUGUCAAACAAUUUGUUGGGCAGAUUAUCUAAUGCAUUUAUAAAGUAGCCUGUUUAAUUAUUUAAUUUGAAAUAUUUAUCAACUAAUAUUUUAUAGGUAACAUUAAGAGGUACAUUAUCAAGAAUGUAGCUAAAGUCAAGCACUACAGUUUAUUAAUAUUAUCAUAAACUGCACUGGCCAACAAUUUGCUAAAAUAUCCAUGUGACAGACUAGAUAGUAAAUUUGGCAAUUUGUACAUUUUACAGUUGGUCCAUAUUUAUUCUAGCUAUUUAAAGGAAUAUUCUGGGUUUCCUGCAAGUUAAGUUGAAUCACCAAAUGUUGGUUACUUUUAUUAAAUUAUAAGCGGCACAUUUCUGCUUUUAAAUGUCUCAAAAAAAUUUGGCCCCAUUCACAUUUGCAUUCACAAGUUUUUAGUUUUUUUGUUUUUGUUUUGAGAUUAUCAACAUUAUAUCACAAAUACUCAAAUUGUAUUUGGCCGUAUUUUCAUUUACCUUGCAAAGGUUCAUUUAUGGUUUACACAACCCUGUGUUGCCAUCUACCUAAAUGUCUAGCUUCUUCCUAGUAGCACCAGAAUUAGCACCACACUCUGAAUGGGUGCAUAGCCUUUAACACCAAAAAUGAGAAGUGUUGUGAAAGUCUGUUUAUUUUCCUAUCCUACCUAUGCUCAGUGCUAAAAGAAUAAAACAGAAUAAGCCGAAAGCACAUAUUUGGGUCAUGACCAAACAUUAAAAAUCCAUUGCAUAUCAUAAAAUUAGUCAUCUGCUUAUUUUUUAUGCAUUGAGAAUUGUAUUUUUUUUUUUUUUUAACGUUCAGCAGUGUUGUAACUUGCAUUAAAUGUCUAGUCAUAACAAGUCAUAGGCAUCCGUUGCACCAAAAGUUACCCAACAAUACAGAGUAGGAUGGGUGCAAAAUGCACCAUGUUGAUACAUAAAACUUUCAUGGCAUUGCAAGGCAGUAUAAAAGAUGGCAAAUUCACCCUCAUUUAUUUACCUAUCUUUAUUUCUGGUAGUAUAUUAAGCUUGAAAGUGAUGUCUUAUCACUGCAUGAAGGGUUAAUUUGAGGCCUAUCUGGGUUAUGUUACUGACUUCUGAAGUUCAUGGGCAUUUUGUAACGUUAUCUUACACAAUGACUCUGCCAUUGCAGCAAUAUGGGGAGGAUUACUUUUGUCAUUGUAAUGCAAGGGCACAAACUCCAAUAAAGCAUAGACUGGUGUAACAAUCAGAAAAUACAACCCUGUUGAUCAGAACACAGGGGAAUGAGUGGCUAAUAUUGUAUGUUCGAGUGUAUUAUACAUCUCAUUAAUAAACAAACGCACUGUAAUAGGAUAAAUCUGUGAGGGUUGGCAAUGCACAAGACAAGACAACCAUAAAGACCAAGGGCAACUUUGAAGAUUCUGCAUGAGGUUAGAUUGUGGCCAGAACAAAAUGAAAUGAGUGGCUAACAACUGACCUCUUCCGCUGCACCACCACCACCAGCAAACUGUAGCAUCUAACCAGUGCCUCUUCACCAGCCUGACACACAACGCACCCACAUACACACAAUUACCCAACAGAACACCAUCAGACUGUGACAUCAGGUGCAAGGGGAUGACCGAACGCAUUCACCACAUUAAUCUCCACAACUUUAGCAAUUCUGUACUUGAGACCCUCAAUGAGCAGCGAAACCGCGGGCACUUCUGUGACGUGACUGUUCGGAUCCAUGGUAGCAUGCUGCGAGCUCACCGUUGUGUGCUGGCUGCAGGCAGCCCCUUCUUUCAGGACAAGCUGCUCCUGGGCUACAGUGACAUCGAGAUCCCCUCUGUGGUUUCUGUACAGUCCGUCCAGAAACUGAUUGACUUCAUGUACAGUGGUGUGCUGCGGGUCUCCCAGUCCGAGGCCCUGCAGAUCCUCACAGCUGCCAGCAUACUUCAGAUCAAGACCGUUAUCGAUGAAUGCACCCGCAUUGUUUCACAAAAUGUUGGCAUUGCUGGACCUGGCAGCUUUUCCGUCGUCCCAGGCGACUCGGGGCAGGAGACACCACGGGGAACUCCUGAGUCAGGCACGUCUGGUCCCAGUAGUGAUGCCGAAUCAGGCUACAUGCAAACAUCUCACCAGAGCCUUGACCGCGUUUAUUCCUCACUUUAUUCCAGCUGUUCUGGGUUGGGCCUGCAAAACGGUACCCGUGGAAAUCGCUCCCACUAUUCCAGCGCCGCGAUGACAGCCAGCUAUGACUCACCCCUUCCACUACAGCAUAAGGAGGGAGGGCAAGAUCCUGCCUGGAUCACACGCAUCCAUGAGCGUUCGCAGCAGAUGGAGCGCUUCUUGGCCACGUCGGAGACUACACACUGCCGUAAACAGCCUCGUCCCGUGAGGCUCCACACAGGUGAUAUUCACAUCAAGCAGGAGCAAGGGGACGAGUACAACUGCUAUGGGCUUGACUGCCGUGAGGACAGCGAACAGCUGGAGUGCGUCGAAAGUGAGCCCAAAGGCGAGAGUUUUGACUCCGGUGUCAGCUCUUCCAUUGGCACGGAAACGGAUUCUGUCGAGCAGCCUUUCUUGUCUGGGUUCACUCGAGACAACUGUCCAAAUAAAGGCCAGCAAGGUGAGCGUGGAACCCCUGUGCAAAUUGAGGUCAACGAUUCAUCUCCUGAGCAGACUCAAGAGUCGGUUGAAGACGGAAAUAGAAACGGUCCUUCUCAAGAGAGUGGUGAGCUUGUAGUCCAUCAGCCGUCACAAGCCAACCUAACAGCACCACAGUCCAUGCCUGGUGGGCCGUACCUGCGGCCAGGUGAGCCACUUACCAGCAACCUGCGUAUGCCCCUCACCCUGACCAGCAACACCCAGGUUAUAGGAACUGCAGGCAACACUUACUUGCCUACACUCUUUGCAACCCAGUCAGCCAGCGACAACAAGCCUUUCCUCUUCAGUCUGCCCCAGUCCAUUGGGAGUCAGCCGCCACAAUUUGUGGCAGUACCCUCUCCCAGCAUGCCUCCCUUCCCCAGUGGACUGACGGUGCCACCAGGUGGAAGUCAGCAGCAAGGUGGUCCUGCAGUGGGACAGCAUGGGGAGAAGAAGCCCUAUGCAUGCACUCUUUGUUGUAAGACCUUUACUGCCAAACAAAACUACGUGAAACACAUGUUUGUGCACACAGGUGAAAAGCCACACCAGUGCAGUAUCUGUUGGCGUUCGUUUUCGCUGAAGGAUUAUCUCAUCAAACACAUGGUUACACAUACAGGCGUCCGAGCAUACCAGUGCAGCAUCUGCAACAAACGCUUCACCCAGAAGAGCUCGCUCAACGUCCACAUGCGCUUGCACCGUGGAGAGAAGUCCUACGAGUGCUACAUCUGCAAGAAGAAGUUCUCCCACAAAACCCUGCUGGAGCGCCACAUGGCCCUGCACAGCACCGAAACCGGGGUCACUGGGGUCAGUGUGGCUGGGAGUGCCGGAGGCCCAGCAUCAAUCCCGGUUCCGAUGGCUGUUCCCGAGCCGGGAGCGGUGGCUCUCGCCAUGCCGAUGGGAGCGGGCGGAGCAGGGGGUGGAGUCGGAAGCACCGGAGUGGGCGUUGCUGCAGAAGCGAGCUGCCAGGAGGGGACCACCUACAUGUGCUCCGUGUGCCCUGUCAAGUUUGACCAAAUUGAGCACUUCAAUGACCACAUGCGCAAGCAUGUCUCCGACGGAUAAGUACAAAUAAAAAAAACUUGCGUAAACAUGGAAAAAGAAUGAAAUGAUAACAAAAAAACGGCACUAGAUUUUUUUUUCUUAUAUUGGGGCAUGAAGAGUAAUGAGUAUAGACACUGGCACAUUAAGUUUUCUAGGGAAAAAAAAAGAAGCGUUUAUUUCUUUUCUUUUUUUCUUUUUUUUUUGUCCUUGCUAUUCUUAAAGAAUAAAAAAAAGAUGGUGGCCUUAAGGCUGUGUAGUUGGAUAAUGAUCCACUGGCUGGAUCCAUACUACUGGCCUCUAAAUGUAUGCUUUCCUUAAAUACUGAUUUAUGUGUUGAACACUACCGAAAGGCCUGCGAAAGAACACACAAGAAAAAAAAAAUUCACAUGCGCACACACACUCAGACAUACAAACACAAAUACACAUACACAUACCCAUGCAUGCACUCACAUGCACAAACUACUUAUACACACUUAUAUAUGUUAGAGGUAUUUUGUACGUAUGUGUAUUUGUGCAUGUGAGCGUGCGUGUGCACAGAAAUAAAUGUUGCAGUGAAUUUUUUUAACUUGUAGAUCUUUUCCCAUGUAGACCGUAUUGGACACUAUAAGCGUCCAAGCUUACUGUGGUAUAGAUUCAAAAACAAAAAAACAAAAUACAGAAAAAGAGAUUUGGCUCUAGAUUCAUUCUAAAAUAAUGAUGGUCACGUGUUUGCCUUUUUAUGUGCGAUAAGAAUAGGAGAGUUAUUCAAUUUGACACUGGGUUUUUAUUUAUUAUUAUGGCAUUGAGGGAUUAUGAUGUUGAUGUUGUCAAGGUACAAGCCAGUUUUACUAACUGUACUAAAAUUGAAAUUUUUGAGUGGCUUGAUGAAUGAAUGAUUAUUAUGAUUAUGACAUUUUCCUUUUCCCCCACCACCCUUUUUUCCCCGAUGGUUCAGGUCAAGUUUACAAAAAAAAAAAAAAAAAAAAGAGUUUAUCAAUGACAGUAUUCAAGCAAAAACUUUGAAUGCCGUUAAUAAUUUCCAGUUCAUUUUGCAUACACUGCCACUAAGAAGACGACUGUUAGUUGACCUCUUCCACUUCAAAACGAAGUGUGAUGAAGUUCUAUUUGCUCCAUGCUUUUUUUUUUUUUUUGACAAAAAGAAAAAACGAAAAUGGCAGAUUUUAGUAUGCAAACACGCCCGAAAUCCAAGGUAAUUGCUGCUCCUCACAUGUUCACUUUGAGACUGUUAUCAGCUGUAGAAUCCAACAAUAUGUGGAUAUUUCUCUAAUUGUUAUUAUUUCUCAGUGAACAUGGGAAACGUUAAGCUAUUUGGAGCUAUGGGCUAGAUUAGAUCAAAAGUGAACUGGAUAAAAAUAACCUCCUGAAUGCAUAAAAAUGAUGUAUUUCCUAUUAGCGGCGACUACUAUGACUCAGUUGUUUGGGCCGGUGGGGUGACUAAAAUGCACUACUCCUGUUCCUAAAGCCCCACCUAGUGGCUCAAAUAGCCGUCCUUGUUUUUUGCCUGAUGGGAUAUACACAUAGAAAAGAGCAGGCGAAGGAUAUAGGGACGCAAGGCAACAGAAAAAUAAACAUCUACUGAAUCACAAUAAAUUUAACACGGUCAUUCUUCUUUAAUAUACCACAGGGAGAAAACUCUCCAAACAAUAAGAAACAUUCCCAAUUUUACCGAUAUCUAGAAAUUGUGUGUGUACUUUGGAAGUGAGUUGAGAAGGUUGUCUUUUUGGUGUUAUGUCACUCAGAAGCUCUGUGUUCUUAUUUGGUUUUGUUAUACACAUAUUUUAUGGAUAUAAAAAGACUCAUCUGCCGUGCAACUGCAAUUUGGCAAUUUUUGCUCACUUAUUUGAGUAGAUACACUUUUGGAGUGUAGUUAAAAUGAUGACAAAAUGUAUCGAUCACAAUUUAUUUAGACUUUUUCCAUUUGGGAUUUGGUCACAAGUUGUAGGUUUGAAAAACAGUGCUACUUUGCACAUUUGCUUCAAAAUCCUGUGCUUAAACAUUGAAUUGUUUUACUUAAGAAAUUAAAUUCUAUGUUUUUUUUAUUGUUUAUAAAGGAAAUAUCUUUUCUUAAAAGCUUGAUAAGAGGACUGCAUUGUUUUCUUGCAUAUAUGUUGCACUGCUUAAACCAAUAAGUGCACUACUGUUACCAGAGAUGUUCUAGUUUUAAGAGAUAAUCAUUUUUUAUCAAAUAUUUGGUUCUAUAGUUCACUUGUGUUUGAGUAGCUUUGUUCUUUUUUUGAUUAGAUGAUUAAAUGGCUUUUUAUCAUCACUUGCUAUUGUAUUUACUUUGUGCUGUUUAUGCAAGCGUUUUUUUUUUUUUUUUUUUCUUAUUUAAACCAUUGUCCCUGGUCAGAUCCUAAUGAUUUAUUGCUUUCACCACUUCCAUCCCUUCCCCCAUCCCAAAACUAUCCUAAUGCAGUUAAUUCAUUGAAGCAAAUGCUCGGUUUUCUUCUCAUUCAUACCAAACAAAAAAAAAACAAACAAACAAACAAAAAAACAUAAAAAUCACAAAACCAAAAAAAAAAAAAGAAGAAAUGUAGUGUGUGCCUAAAUAUAUGAUAAAUGUCCUUUAGAACAAGUACGUUUCUACGAGAGGGUCAUUGUGCAAAGCUUUUUAGUGCUGUCUAGGGAUCAAGCACAUUUAUGUAUGUGUUUGUAUGAGCAUGUGUGUGUAUAUUCCUCUGGUAUGUCUCUAUGUGUGUGCUGUACAAUUUGUGAUGCCUGAACUGUAGGGCUUCCUUUGCAAUAUGCAGUACAGGUACGGCAACAGUGACAACAUUUCAUUUUACAUACUUAGGAGUGCAUUUGGUAACUUUCUCAAGAACAAUCAUUACUAUUUUCCCUACAAUAAAUGACACAAGGAACAUGAUGCUGUUAAGGCCCUUGCUUUAAGUCUGAAUGAUACGAUCUGGCCUAACCCAGUGCGGUCAAAGUCAAUUCAAUGACUUCAGUACGCCUGUUAAAUAUUCUGUAUCGUUCUCCAGUGCUUCGAAACCAAACACCGCUUUUUAACUCAAUUAUGCUGCAAAGUUUGGCCACAGGCUGUGUUGUAUCAGUCUGAGGUGUUGCCUUUUUCAGUCGCUCUGGUCUUUUCCAGUCGAGUUGCAGAUCCCGUUCUUAUUUUACUUCAGCUUGGCGUACCAUUUUGAUGGUUGUGUUGAGUAGCUAAAUUAUCUGUUGGUGGUCUGUGGCGGUGGUGGUGAUGGUACAGUUCAUAGUUGAAAGAGUCUUGUCUCAUCCAUUUGUAGUUUUGUUGGUUGUGAAUCAUUUGUUGGAUCUAAAUGUUAUUUUUCCCAUUCAGUAACCGUCCAUAUGGAUUUAAACUGCAGCAAAAUGCAGAAACGUGUCUGUAAAGAAGGGUCAGGCCAGAAUAAACGUUAACAUUUCAACACAUUAAAGCACUUAAUGAGUGCUAUCAGAGAGCGGGGAGGGAGGGACUUACAUUGGCCAUCAGCUGUGUCUUUACAGAUAGCCUUAAUCAUGUUUGACUCAAGCGACCAAAUGCACUAUUGCUUGUGAAGGUGCUGUUGCAAUUUCUAGCGUUUAUUUUACACAAGGGAUAUAUAUUUAAGAGAAAGCAACCUUGCAAUACAGUAUUUGUAAAUUGUCUUGUAAAGGUUAUGAAGGACAUAUAGCUACAUGCAAAUCACUGAUUACUCUUGUCAUUUUGGUAUAGAUUCAUUCGGCCAUGUGUUUUAACCACGCAUGGAGGCAACAGCGUCACAGGUCCUAGUAUCAGGCUUCAUAUAUUAAAGCCGUCUCAUCUCGCUUGUGUUGUGAAGCUUUCAUGUCCGAUAUUACCAUUACUCUGUGUUUGUUCAUAUGUACAAAGGAAAAAGAACAGCGACAAAAUUUUUUUAAAUAAUGUUUUAUUUCACAGAGACUUUGUUUAGUCAAAAUUCAGUAGUUUGUGAAAGUGUACAAAUCUGCACGAAGAUGUUUAGACACAAUUCAGAUGCUUAAAUGUCAUAGUCUACUACCCAUUGCAUCUAGACUGGACACCGUUCUUGUGGGUAAAAAGCACUAUGACGAUCACUUCUAUGAGUAGUUCAAGUAGACUUUUUACAUUACUUACAGUAUAUAUUUACAGUUCAUAAAUGUAGAAUUAGCUUUUAUUUUUGUUUUCUGCUUAAAAUUGUAAUUUUACAAUACAUGUUCAUUUUCUUCAGUGUACAGUAUAGACAAAGCACUCUCUUUGCUAUUACAGUUAGUUUUUGUUGUAGGACUACAACCUUCUUUUCUUCUUGCUUUUUAACAAAGGUACUUUUUUAAAAACAAAAAAUCUUAAUUUAUAAAGAAUAUCUAUUCCUAGAGUAUAGACUUGUGGGCACAGAAAAGACCUUGGAAAACAUCCCCAAUAUCUAAGUAGGAGCGGAAGAGGUGAAUAUUAUUUGGAACAGCUAAAUGAUUGGUUGUCUUGUAAGCUUUUUCAUAACAUGCAAACUAUAUCAUGCAUCCUAUAAUGCUGGUCUGAGAAAACCCCAGUGAAAUGCUUCAGUCAAAUUCAGUCAGCCCAUUUUCCCGUCUCCAUAUUUAAACAGUCAGCUUCAAUUUAACAUCGCUGCAUUGAAAUCUUUCAUCUUGCAGUUGUUUUCUUCUUCGAACAAACAAAGACUUAAUCUUCUCUCUACACAAUGGUCAGACUAAUUCAAAACAAGCUAGAGAAUCCAUGUCUUCAUCAGCAUCUACAACAGAUAGUACUGUAACCAAAACAACACCUAACACUGUACAUGUGGAAUUUUACAAUGCCUCUCCUUUGU